GGAAAUAAAAUCAUAAUUUCCAAACAUGAGUGUAAGGAGACUUAGAAGUGGAGGUAUGCAUGCAAAUUCGGAAGAGGAAUACUUGAAUAAAAUUGUUAAGUUAGAGAAACAAUAAAAGAAAAAAACUAUUAGCUAAGAUGAUGAAUACUUUGAUGGUUUCAUUGUAAAUUCAUAAUUUACAUUUGAAUGCAUCGAACAGCCUCAACUACCUUAGAUCACUUAGAAAUCUCACUUUAUUUUAAUUAUGAUUGAUGAUCUACAUUUAAGUCCCAGAAGACUGCAAAAUAUGAUCGAAUACAGUAAGUUCAUGUUUAAAGUAAUUUUAGCAGACAAUUGUGAAACAAUGACUCAAAGUACGAAUGAUGAUUCCUCAACUUGGAGUCCUUAAAAUAUGAACUAUGACUGCGUAGUUCACACAUAUACUUAAGAAUGUGUGAAUCAUCUUUUUAAUAUCUGGAUAAUAAAUACUCGGAAUAUAAAUUCAACUUUUAAAUAUUGCUAUUACCAGCUAUUUGAAGCCUUUAUAUGCGUCAACAAUAAUAAGAACAACUUAUUUUAAGAGGUUUUUGAGGAGAUAAGACAAAUAAAUGGUAAAGUUCAGUAAUUCCACAUUAAGGAAAAUGAUGAGGUUUCCCCUGAAAGGAAAUAGAUAAAUAAUCUUCAAUAAAUUUUAAAAACCUUAAUCGAUUCGAGAACUCCAUGAAGAUAGCACAUUAAUGUAAUUUUUGUUUAUUGUUUAUGUUUCUAUAUUAUAAAUAAGAAUUCGCAUC